GGUUUUGUUGGCACCGCCGUUGGACAACACCGCUAAACGCACCGUGCCGACUCCGGCCGCUGCGCCGCCUGUCAACCUGACGUUGUCAGCCGACUGCGGAAGUACGAUUGACAAGAAGACCGCGUCGUCACAUUAACUCACAUUUUGCAGUUUACGAAGCGAAGAACAGUUAUUCUAGUUUGCAAGAAGAUUAAAAUUGGAUUUCUUCACAUUUUUGAGCAGGGGCUAAAUAUAUCGAUUUGUUUGAUUUCGGAUACGUGAGUUAAAAAGGGCGCAAAAAUGUAUUUUGAAGCUAAUUGUUUAUUCUAACACGCAGGUUGAAUUAAAUAGCAGGUGGAAAAUUGUAUUGUUCGAUCAACCCAGUAUCGAAGAAAACUAAUUGAUGUAAGUUGGUAGAUUAUAUGGCUUAGAUUCGAUGAAUUAUUUCUCUCUAAAUAAACUUACAGUUUUGAGCUGUACGUACACACGCAGCUGCAAGAAGUUUUCAUUUGGUGAUCGGAACAAUUUUCAAAAAUCAAUUACGAUGAGCGCACCCGGGAAACAUAACCUCACCGGUUACGAGUGUGCUCUGUGCGAAGAACCCCCCAACGAGGAAAGCCAGAUGGUAUUCUGCGAGAAAUGCCAGGGCUUUUUCCAUCUCCAAUGCGCCGGGGUCACCGAAGCCAACAAGGACCUGUCAUUCACUUGCAAGAAGUGCACUGGCCUGGGUGAUACGGUCGACCAAACCGGCGACGAAGAUGACGGAGCAACCGUCGUGGACGGCUCCAAGAAAGUGGACGAAACCCUGCCAGGCAAGCCCAACCCAUCGGUCAUCAAUAAGCCGGAUGGGUCAACAGAGCAGGAGGACGCGGAGCUGCAGCAUCGGCUCGAAAUGCAGCAACUCCAGGAAGCUUUUCAAAAUCAACUCCGUCGAGAGCAGGAAAAGCGAUUGAUGAUUCUUCGUCUGGAGCGGCAGAUGCUGGAGCAAAAGGCGGCGCUGGAUGCCGAUUUGAACCAGCGGAGAAAUGAACUCUACGUGGAAUUCAGGCACGUAGUCAACGGGUCGCAAGAAGAAGAAGGUGCUGUAGGCGGAGGAAUUGUGCCUUUCAACGACUAUCGUGGAGCGUUCCCGAAGUAUUCUACCCCUAUCAAACAUCCCGACGUGAAAACUGGCAAGUCAGCAGAGAACUCGUUUUCCAGACCACCGGGGCCGAAUCCACAGAAUCAAUUCCAGUGGCCAGCACCACCGCUACCGGCGCCGUCUCCGCGGCUGACUCCGAACCCAGCGGCGGCUCAGAACCCAGCGCCGGCCCCGAAUCCAGUGCCGGUUCCGAAUCCAGCGCCGGUUCCGAAUCCAGCGCCGGUUCCAAAUCCAGCGCCAGCUCCGAAUCCAGCGCCGGCCCCGAAUCCAGCACCGGCUCCGAACCCAGCGCCAGCCCCGAAUCCAGCGCCGGUUCCAAAUCCAGCGCCGGCCCCGAAUCCAGCUCCGGCUCCGAACCCAGCGCCGGUCCCGAAUCCAGCGCCGGUUCCAAAUCCAGCGCCGGCUCCGAAUCCAGUGCCGGCUCCGAAUCCAGCACCGGCCCCGAAUCCAGCGCCGGCUCCGAACCCAGCGCCGGCCCCGAAUCCAGCGCCGGCCCCGAAUCCAGCUCCAGCCCCGAACCCAGAGCCGGCCCCGAAUCCAGCGCCGGUUCCAAAUCCAGCGCCGGAUUUCUACGACGUGCCCGAACUGACUAGAGCGCAGAUUGCUGCACGAAAAGGACCAUUUGCGAACCUACCAGUGUUCACGGGGCGGCCAGAGGACUGGCCCAUGUUUAUCAGCAGCUUUAACAACGGCAACCGAGCCUGUAACUGGACCAACCUCGAGAAUCUCGGUAGACUUCAGACAAGCAUCCAAGGACGAGCGCUGGAACGAGUGCAGACCAGUCUGCUGUACCCGGAAUCUGUCCCGAGGGUAAUCGAGACGCUCAGACUGCUCUAUGGCAGGCCGGAACAACUACUCCACUGUCUCAUGCAAAAGGCUCGGAAGGCGGAGUCCCCACGAGCAGAUCGCCUCUCCACUUUCAUUAAUUUUGGCGUAGUCGUGCAACAACUGUGCGACCAUCUGGUGGCCUCGGGACUGGUGGAUCACCUAGUUAACCCAAUGCUUAUCGCGGAACUGGUGGAAAAGUUACCCGAUCCAACCAAGGUUGAGUGGGUUCGGUACAAGCGUCAGUUCGCUGCGGUGAACUUAAGCACGUUUGCAGACUUUCUCUCGGAAAGAGUGUCCGAAGCGACGGAGGCCACAGCCUACUUCGAACCGCAGGAGGAACGACGCCCAAACCGAGACCGCCAUGAAAGGAAGCUGAAAGGUAGAGACGAGGGAUUCUUAAACACACACGUAGACGCCGAGCAGCUGUCGAAGCAGAGCAGGGGUGAUGAUUAUGGAGGUCGCAGACCAUGCCGCGCUUGCAAUCGAACCGAUCACCGCAUUCGGUUCUGCGAUGAUUUCCUUAAGCUGGCUUGGGAAGCUCGAAUGAAUAUUGCCGAGGAGUGGAAUUUAUGUCUGCUGUGUCUCAAUGAACACGGGCAAACGCGUUGCCGUUUCAAAGGGCACUGCAAUGUUGGAAGUUGCAAAGAACGUCACCACCCCCUGCUACAUCCUUCGGGUCCGGCGGCACCGCUUUCGACGGACUGUCACGUGCACAGUUCGGAGCAACACCCCGUAAUCUUUCGUGUGGUCCCGAUCAAGAUCUACCACGAUGGUCGCUCGUUUGAUGUCGUCGCCUUUCUUGACGAAGGUUCGUCUUUCUCUUUGAUGGACAGCAGCGUUGCGGAUCAAAUGAAGCUAAAAGGAACCAGGAAGCCGAUACUCGUCAAGUGGACAGCUGGUAUGAGUCGGAUGGAACGAGAUUCAAGGUCGGUGGAUGUGACGGUUUCCGCGGCGGAUUCUCAAAACCGAUUUCUGCUGCGCAACGUGCACACGGUACAACACCUGCAGCUUCCAGAGCAAAAGGUGCAGUAUUCGGAAGUGGCAGCUCGCUUCAAACAUCUACGUGGUCUCCCCCUGGCCGACUUCGCAAAUGGUUCACCGCAGAUUCUGAUCGGCCUCAAGCAUCUACACGUGUACGCUCCACUCGAGUCGCGCAUUGGAAAUCCUGGAGAGCCAAUAGCUGUUCGGACUCAACUCGGUUGGACAAUCUACGGCCCUCAAGCUGGUGACGAUGUAGUGUCUGGGUAUACCGGCCAUCACGCUGCCGGUAAUCUGUCGGACCAUGACCUACAAGAACUACUUCGUAGACAUUUCACCUUAGAAGACUCCGGACUGGCCAUCUCUGUGCUUCCCGAAUCAACAGAGGACGGCAGAGCGCGAGAACUGUUGGAGAAGACUACAAUCCGAGUCGGCGAUCGCUUCCAAACGGGGCUCCUUUGGCGCAACGACUACCCGCAGCUACCGGACAGUUUUCCGAUGGCGCUAAAGCGCAUGCAAGCGCUGGAACGGAAGUUGGCGAAGGAUCCGGCUUUGCAGAAGAACGUGGAUGAUCAAAUCGUCGAAUACCAGCGGAAAGGCUACGCCCACGUCGCUACACCCAACGAGCUGAACCAAGCUGAGCCGGGCAAGAUCUGGUACCUACCCUUGAACGUCGUUAAGCACCCAAAAAAGCCGGAAAAGGUCCGACUUGUCUGGGACGCCGCAGCGUCCGUCCGAGGGAAGUCACUGAACACAGAGUUGCUCAAAGGACCAGACCUUUUGACAAGUCUGCCUACCGUGUUGAGUCGCUUUCGAGAACGCCCCAUCGCUUUCGGCGGCGAUAUUGCCGAAAUGUACCAUCAGCUGCAGAUUCAACCGAGUGACAAAUCCGCCCAGAGGUUCCUGUACCGGUCCAAUGGAUCCAGCCAGCCGGUGAUCUUCGUGAUGGAUGUCGCCACCUUUGGUGCGGCAUGCUCACCCUGCUCCGCUCAGUACAUCAAAAACAGGAAUGCGGAAGAGUACUCCGAGCAGUAUCCGGACGCUGUUGAGGCAAUCGUUGGAAGUCAUUACGUCGAUGACUAUUUGGACUCGACGUUCACCGUUGGAGAGGCCAUCAAGCGAGCUACCGAGGUCGCGUUCAUCCACUCCAAAGCUGGGUUUCAACUACGCAAGUGGGUGUCAAACAGCCCAGAGUUCCUGCAGCAUUUUGGAGUUCAAGUCGAAAGCCAGCUGGUAACCGUCGGCGGCGACAAGAGCAGCGGUAUGCAGCGAGUCCUGGGCAUGUCCUGGAACACGAUCGACGACGUUUUCGUGUUUGUCACGAACCUGCGCGAUGAUCUUCAGCCGUACCUAACUGAGGGAAAACUGCCGACCAAGCGGAUCCUGUUAAGUAUCGUCAUGAGCUUCUUCGAUCCCCUCGGCUUGUGGGCGCUAUUUACUAUUUUCGGCAAAAUCAUAAUCCAGGACCUGUGGAGAAAUGGGUGCCCGUGGGAUCAAGUCUUGGACGAGACCUCGGCAGCAAAGUGGUACAAAUGGAUAGCGCUUCUACCUCGCGUGCAAGCCAUGACCGUCCCUCGCUGCUACUUCCUCGGAGUUAAACUGUCGGACUACGUAAACCUUGAACUCCACGUGUUCACUGACGCAAGCGAGGAGGCCUACGGGGCCGUCGCGUACUUUCGAAUUUGGGUGUACGGAAAGCCGAGAGUGUCGCUGGUGACCGGAAAAGCGAAGGUAGCCCCGCUACAGUACAUGUCUAUUCCUCGCCUCGAACUGCAAGCCGGAACACUAGGGGCUCGGAUGGCGGCGGCGAUUAAGGCGAAUCACACCCUCCCCAUUAAGCGAACCGUUAUGCACACCGAUUCCGCGACGCUGUUGUCGUGGAUCCGGUCAGACCACAAGAAGUACAAACAGUUUGUAGCCCAUCGAAUCGGAGAAAUCCUCAGCCACACCGACGUGGACGACUGGCAGUUCGUAGCGACCAAGUUCAACAUCGCUGAUGUGCUGACCAAAUGGGGAAAACACGGACCACCACUGGACGGCGACAGCGAAUGGCUUGGUCCGGAAGAGCUGUUCAUACCAGAAGAAGACCUGAUCCUGCGGGAGCUGCCGGCGCCCAACGUCCGAGAAGAACUGCGAGCUUUCCACCUCUUUCACGAGAUCGAAUUCGCCUCGUGCCUCAUCGACCCUACUCACUUCUCACGAUGGAAGAUCAUGGUAAGAACCGUCGCCUGCGUGUUUCGGUUCAUCACCAAUCUGCGCCGGAAGCAGAAAAAGCAGCCAAUUCAGACACUACAAGCCACAUUCAACCUGGAACGGUCCGUGAUGCGGACCGAAUCGCUGGUGAAAGUCCCUCUUACCCGCGACGAAUAUCAACGAGCAGAGAACCACCUGUGGCAAGCUGCACAACAAGAAGGUUUUCCGGACGAGAAGAAGAUUCUGCUUAAGAACCGGGAACUGGAACAGCAGAAGUGGCACUCCAUCGAACGUUCCAGCCCACUACACCGGUUGGCACCUUUCCUGGACGAGUAUGGAGUCAUCCGGAUGGAAGGACGUUCGGCCCACGCCGAAUUCUUACCCUUUGAACAGCGGUUCCCCAUCGUGCUGCCGAAAGGACAUGUCAUCACCAAUAAGCUUCUUGAUCUCUACCACCAGAAGUUCGGCCAUGCAAAUCGAGAGACGGUGGUAAACGAACUGCGCCAACGGUUCUACGUCCAGAACAUCAGAGCUGCAGUCCUGAAGGUGAUGCAGACCUGCACGUGGUGCAACAACAACAAGUGUCAACCAGCAGUUCCCAGGAUGGCCCCUCUUCCGGUGCAGCGCCUCACACCCCAAUUGCGUCCAUUCAGCUACGUAGGUAUCGAUUAUUUCGGUCCCGUAAUCGUCACCAUCGGCAGACGCACCGAAAAGAGGUGGAUAUGUCUGUUUACGUGCCUUGUAACUCGAGCAAUCCAUAUGGAAGUCGCCCACAGCUUGAGCAGCGCGUCGUGUAUGAUGGCGAUCAGGCGUUUCAUCAGCCGGAGAGGUGCACCACUGGAGAUCUUCUCCGAUAAUGGCACUAACUUUCAAGCCGCCAGUAAGGAACUGGUCCAGAAGGUCAAGUGCAUCGAACUGGAAUGUGCGGACAUUUUCACAGACGCGAGGACUCGCUGGAACUUCAAUCCUCCGGCGGCGCCGCACUUUGGUGGAGUUUGGGAGCGGCUAGUACGAUCGGCGAAGGACGCACUCAAGGCUCUACACGACGGAAAGAAGCUGACGGACGAGAUUCUUCACACCGUGCUGGCUGAAGCUGAGGACAUGGUGAACUCACGGCCCCUCACCUAUAUCCCGCAAGAAUCUGCUGAAGACGAAGCAAUAACGCCCAACCACUUCAUCCGCGGUCUUCCUGCUGGGGAGCGAGAAGAAGCCAACGUUCCGGCGAGCUCAGCAGAAGCACUGCGCGACAACUAUAAGCGGUCUCAACAGCUCGCGGAUAUGUUGUGGCAGAGAUGGCUGAAAGAGUACGUGCCCACCGUCAACCAGCGGACCAAAUGGUGUGCAGAACAAAAACCGAUCGAAGAAGGAGAGCUGGUUUACUUGGUCGACGGAAACAACCGCAGAACCUGGAUUCGGGGUAUCGUCGAGAAGGUCAUCCGAGGAGUCGACGGGAGAGUACGUCAGGCAAUGGUGAGAACUUCGAAAGGCGUUUAUCGGCGUCCCAUCGCAAAGCUAGCGAUACUGGAGUGUAGGAGUAAAUCUGACCAGAACCCUGGUCCUGGACCAGAGUUACGGGAGGGGGAGUUGUUGGCACCGCCGUUGGACAACACCGCUAAACGCACCGUGCCGACUCCGGCCGCUGCGCCGCCUGUCAACCUGACGUUGUCAGCCGACUGCGGAAGUACGAUUGACAAGAAGACCGCGUCGUCACAUUAACUCACAUUUUGCAGUUUACGAAGCGAAGAACAGUUAUUCUAGUUUGCAAGAAGAUUAAAAUUGGAUUUCUUCACAUUUUUGAGCAGGGGCUAAAUAUAUCGAUUUGUUUGAUUUCGGAUA